UGCGAGGGUCGGUUGCUACAAUACAAUGGUCAACAUUAACAGGGGACCGGCUGGCAACGGAAACGAUAAGCAGCAGCAGCAGCAUAGCGGUGGAAAUUCCGGUACACCUGCGUACCCGCAAUACUUGCACGAACUGCCCCAGGCGGAUGAGGAGCGGCUAGAGAAAAUCUUCAAAAAGCUUGAUCGUGACGGGAACGAUCGUAUCGAUAUUCAUGAUCUGUCAGCGGCAUUGAAGGAGUUCGGUCUGUCGCACCAGUACGCCGAGGAAUAUGGACAUUCGUUGUUUUUUCAGCGCUUCCUAAAGCAGUCGGACCAAAAUCAGAGCGGCGAUGUCGGGCUGGCGGAGUUUAUACAUUACGUGCGAGAGCACGAAAAAAAUCUACGCUUACAGUUUACACACCUGGACAAGAACCAGGACGGUAAGGUCGACCUGGAGGAGCUGAUAACGGCCUUCAAGGAGCUCGGCAUCGAGAUGGAUCGACACGAGGCGGCAAAGCUACUUAAGCGCAUGGAUAAGGAUGGCAGUCUGAACAUAAGUUACGACGAGUGGAGAGACUUCCUGCUGCUUGCGCCGUCCUCGGACAUACACGAACUGGUUAAAUAUUGGCGGCAUUCGACUUACUUGGAUAUCGGUGAGGAUCUAAACGUACCUGAUGACUUCACACAGAGCGAAAUGCAAACCGGUAUGUGGUGGCGCCAUCUGGCGGCCGGUGGAAUUGCUGGUGCAGUGUCGCGCACGUGCACGGCCCCGUUGGAUAGGUUGAAAGUUUUCCUACAGGUGCAAGCAUCCAAACAAAGAAUCUCAGAUUGUCUACAGUACAUGCUGAAGGAGGGCGGUGUGCGGAGCCUCUGGCGUGGUAAUUUCAUCAACGUGCUUAAAAUCGCCCCCGAAAGCGCCAUCAAAUUUGCGGCCUACGAGCAGGUGAAGCGGUUGAUCCGCGGCAACGACAAACGCCAGAUGACGAUCUACGAACGGUUCGUAGCGGGUGCGUGUGCGGGCGGCGUCAGCCAGACGGCAAUCUAUCCGAUGGAAGUAUUAAAAACUCGACUAGCGUUAAGAAAGACGGGCGAGUACAGCAGCAUCCUGGAUGCGGCAUCGAAGAUCUACCGGCGCGAGGGUUUGCGCUCGUUCUACCGUGGCUACAUUCCAAACAUGCUCGGCAUCAUCCCGUACGCCGGUAUCGAUCUGGCGGUGUACGAAACGCUGAAGAAGAAGUACCUUAGCCACCAUGAGACGGAACAGCCAAGCUUUUGGUUGCUGUUGGCUUGUGGCAGUGCAUCCAGUACGCUCGGGCAGGUGUGUUCAUAUCCGUUGGCGUUGGUGCGGACCCGAUUACAAGCGCAAGCGGUCACAAUCGGUCCAAAUCCCGACGGUAGCGUAGCGGUAGAACCGAACAUGACGAAUGUAUUCAAGCGAAUAAUACAAACGGAAGGUCCGGUCGGUCUGUACCGCGGCAUCACGCCCAACUUCAUCAAAGUAUUACCGGCCGUCUCGAUCAGCUACGUCGUGUACGAGUAUACGAGCCGCGCUCUGGGCGUUAACAUGACGUGAUCUGUUCCCGCGGGUAAAACUACAUCCCCGUUUGCUGGGUGGUCUCGCUUCGAGGCAUCUCAUCCAACAGCUUCAACAGC